AUGUGGGAGAGGGAGAGGGGCAGUUCCUGGUACCCAGGCAGGCCAAACCCCAUUGCGCAGGCCUCGUGUAGCCUGCCUCUGCAGGCUACCAUCGGGCCGCCUAUGGCUGCGCUUACCAGCCUGGUGGCACUGGCCUCUGGUGACUCCGACUCGGGAGCCAAGCGGGAGGAAGGGCAAGAACGAGCAGGCAGGCAGGGCGCUGCUGGCGACGCCAGCGGCAGGGCCAAGCGGGGAGCUGCACACCUGGAUGCCGGCGCGGCAGCCGCCGUUGCCGCUGCUGCCAACGGCCCCAGCCCACGGAGCGGCGAGGCCGGCAGCAGCACGACAGGGGAUGUGGAGGCGUUGCUGCACGUGCUGGCACAGCUUCAAGAGGGUGAGCGGCUCACGGUGGUGCCGCUCCCCACAGCCCUUGCCACCGCCAGCGACCCGGAGCCUGGCGGGAAGCGUCCACGCCGGGCUGCGGCGCGUGGCGCGCUGGCGGUGCUGCAAGCAGAGCAUCAUCAGGCACAGGCGGGGCGCCAGGCAUCCUUCCCAGAGCUAGAAGGAAGGACGUUCCGAAUCACUGUUUCGGGAGCCACGACAGCAGCCCGGGCCGCCGGCGCUGCAUCGUGGCGGCAGCCGGCUGCACAGCCGACAGCACCAUUCCCUGAGCAGCAGCAGGCCAACGGCGGCACCUGGGGUAUGCUGCCACACGUUUGUGCCAAGGGCACAGGCGGCUUCAACAGCCUGCCCCCGCCGCAGUGCCAACAGGCAGAGCAGCAGCAUGCGGAGGGCAGGGUAGCUAGCAGGAUGCCUGGAGAGCCUGCAGCUGCAGCUGGCGCCGCUGUCACUGAUCAGGCUGCGCCGCACCAGGAUGCGCCAGGGCUGCAAGGGGCGGACCUAGCGCAAUCCAGCGCUGACGCAAGCCUGGAACACCAGCAGCAGCAGGUGGAGGCCGGGCUGCCCAGCAAAGACGUUGUGCACAGCUAUGCAGCAGCAGCAGCAGCACGAUUGGCAGCAGCGCAAGUGGCGCAGCCUCGGAGAAGGGUGAGAGGGCAGCCCCAGAGAGGGGUGAGAGGAGAGUCUGGCGAUUCGGAGGAGCAUCCCCCUGAUGAGGGUGAGGAGGAUGCGACAGAGGAGGAGGAGGAGGAGGAUAUCCAGCCAGGCUCGCCCACAGCCAGCGAGGCGGCGCUGCUUGGCGAGCUGAUGCAGCCGCAUGCGGCGGGGGAGGCAGCUGCCCAGCCUGGAAUCGCCGCUGCUGAAGCGGCCGCCACCGCAGCGCAGCAGCCCGACCAGUGUCGAGCGGGCGGGCGCCUGGGCAAGCGCAAGGGCGGCAUGCCGCCGUUGUGCCCCAGCUGCGGGCAGCCGCCGCUGAGCGAGGAGGACAAGCGUGCUGCAUCCAAGCGCGGGCGGCGUAAGAAGAACGACGGGAGCGACCCGCGCAACCGCAAGGCUGAGCUGUCUCGGGAGUUUCUGGUUGCGCACCUGGUGGAGUCGCGGCUGAGCCUGAGGGACAUUUGCUUCUAUCACGGCCACUGCGCCACCACUGUGUCGCGGGUGGCCAGGCAAGCACCUGCGGGCGGGGAGGCGUGGCGGCUGGUUGCGCUCUUGUGCUGUGCCAUGGCGCCUUCCCCACUCUCCCUCACCCACCUGCUUACUCCACCCACCUCCUACCCUUUCUUCUUACCCUGCAGGAACCUGGGCAUGGGUCUGCCCUCGGCACGCACCGAGCGCACGCAGAGUGCAUCGCUGCCGCCGCCGGGAGCCGGCGGCGGCGGCCUCGCGGGUGUCGGCGCAGCAGGCGUGGCGGCGGAUGAUGCGGGCGCUGCCGGCGGCGGCGGCGCAGGGCCCGGGCCAGCGGCUGUGGUAGGCGAGCUCCCGGUGGUGGCUGUGCUGGGGGCGGCAGCCAAGGUGGAUGCUGAUGCGGUGAAGCAGGAGGCGCUCCAGGCUCUCGAGGCAGCUGCCCCGCGGGCGCUGGAGGCGCCCACUGUCAUGGUGGAGCAGCAGCAGCAGCAUCUGCUGCAGCAGCACCACCACCAGCGGCAGCAGCUGGCGGCGGCGCUGGCGCCGGCGGCUGGCAGCGCGGCAGAGGGGGUCAAAGGGGCCAUCGCCGCAGCAGUGGGAGCCGCACUCCAGGCGGCAGCUCUGUCUCGGGCCAUUGCAGCUGGAACGGGGGCUGGGCUGGCGCCGGCAGCGGUGCAGGCAGCGACCCCUCCACCAAUCUCACAGCAGCCGUCAGCAGCAGCAGCAGCAGCAUCCGCGGCAGUGGCAGAGCCCAUGAAGAGCAGCCUGACAGCUCCGCAGCCAGCUGCUGCCGUAGCGGACCGAGCUGGCAGCACCGGCGAGGCUGGCGCCGACCAGGCCUGCGCAGCUCCAGCAGCAGAUGCGACUGUUGCUAGUGAGCAGACAACAGCCAUCGUGCCAGCACCUCCCAUCCCUGAGCUAGCAGCAGGUGUCAAGGCUGAAGGUUCUGGAGCCACCACUGCGAGCUGA